ACGCAAGUUGUUAAGGCUGAAGCAAAAAAAGUGUAUCGGGUUCGGAAACUUCUCUCAUCAGGGGCGUUUUAUUAUGGUCGAAAUGUGCAAGAUGGGUCACCAUACGAUCUGACAGUGAACAUUCAGAAUAGAUUUCAUGUUGGAUUCAGCUUCUUGUGGAAUAUUGGCCUAAUGACACCGUUGCUACAGUGGGGUCUCGAUCCAUUGGAGUGGUUAGUUACAAUCAUCUGCGGUUCAGUGGAAGUUAGUACUAUAUAUUGCGGUGCGGAACAGGCUCGUAUGGGAAUCAUAUCACGAGUUUCUUCUUUGCGUCCUGGAACUCGGUUUCACUCACGCGGAGUAAACGAUCGAGGUGAUGUGGCCAACUUCGUCGAAACGGAACAAGUACGUUUGUUGUUUAUGCCUCACAUCCAGGUUCGCGGUACUGUUCCACUGUUCUGGGAACAACCGGGCAUCCAGGUUGGCUCCCACAAAAUUCAUUUCAGUCGCGGUCUAGAACUAUCAACCACUGCGUUUGAACGACAUCUGAUGAAUAUCGUCUCGCAUUACGGUGCAACGGCAAUAGUGAAUCUACUCGGCUCGAAACAGGGUGAAGCAAUGUUGAGUCACCACUAUCAGGAAUUACACAAGCGGUCUGCAUUCAAGGUGAGCGUCGACAGUCUAAUUCUUUUGUUUUUCUUCCACCACAUCCCUUAUACCAGUGGUCUACUCCCUCUGGUCCUACUAUUUUCAUUUCACUCAUUCUACAAUUUAAUUGAAAAUAUCUGUAUUGUAUUGUAUUCAGGCUUUAGCGAGUUAUAUACAUGCUUUCAGCUUUCCAUUUAUGUGAUGUGCUCCGUUGAAAGGUUUACAAACGUACCCGCAGAAAUUCCUUAUUACAUACUCUCGUGUGAUGAUCAGCUAACGGGGAAAGCCCCAUAA